UAUGGUGUAGGGACGUCCCAAGGAUCCCGGAUAGCGGUUUUCACUCACUAUCACAGAGUAAUAAACGCCGCCUAUUUAUACAUUUUCUCAUCUUAAAAUGUGACUUUAAACCUAACCACACUGCUAACAUUAUGCCUAACCUUGAAUUACGACCAAAAAGCAAAUGAUUGUUUUCAAUAAUUUUUACGUAUAGCUAAUUUUGACUUUGUGGCAACUAGUGGAAACCGCAGCCAGGCCAGCGUCUUCAGAGAGAAGGCAGUUUUCUUGGAGAAGAAGGAGAGCGAGGACAUGUCCUAGAUAACUUCUGUCCACCCUGGAGGCAGCGCUCAGCUUUAUUAUCAUGUGAGCAUCAGCACAUAUCACAGGAGAAGCGGGCAAAGUGUCAGGGACAUUACAAAAGCUAGCUGGCUAACCAGUCGUGGUUGUGACGUUUGAAGGGCAAAAUGAGUCGGGAGAGGGAAACGUUGUUGGACGAAAUUGAACUGAGUUUAUAUAAUUUAACUGAGGACAAUUUACAUUACUUGUGCGAACGUUGUGGAAUAGGGGGCAAGGAUGGAUCAGAAGUCAAAGGAAAGAGUCAACGCUCAUUGCGGCGUAUAGUAGGGGAGUAUUGUGAAAAUGUAAUUCUAAUGGAUUCAGAGGACCAGGGAAUCUCUCAGCUACUCCAACUGAAAGAAGACAUCAAAGGACUACAGAAAGAUGCUAGCAGUGUGCCUACAAGUCCCAGCCAGUCAGCAACAGUGGAGGUGGACAGUUCACAAGCAAGCUGCAAUGGUGAACAGAAUGAGGAGGGAGGGGCUUGGUUACCCAACAACAGGCAGUUGGCAGAUCCAGCUCCAGAGUGGCUCAUUAUACCACAGCAGAGGGAGUCACUGGGUCCUGAUUGUGACAGUGGAGCCCAGUCGGUACAGCAGGAUGCAACAGUGCUGCUGGAGGACUGCAGGUUUAUGCUCGGGCAAAGAUUCAACGUCAAAGUGGAAAAGGAGGAGGAUGUGAUUUCGGUCUUUGCCAAUGCAGGAGUGUGUCCUGAGUCCUCAGACUCAUCAGUGGAGGCAUUGUCUACAUCAGGCGAUCAGCAACACCAGGAAGUUGACAAAGGAAAGAGAUCUCACCGCAGCCCUCAACGUAAGAAGAGCUCCACAAAACAAUCACACCCUCAACGACACAUGCAGACACAGUCUGGAAAGACGUCUUCCCACUGUUCAGAUAGCGAUGAAGGUUUCUCUUCUGUGAGUUCUUACCAAUGCCCUGAAUGUAAGAAGAGAUUCUCUAGCAAUGCAGGUCUUCAAAAACACAUGCGAAUACAUAGUGGUGAGAGGCCUUUCCAGUGCUCAAAGUGUGACAAGAGUUUCAUAAAUAGUUCAAAUCUUUAUCAACACCUGCCAGUGCACUCUGGAGAGAAGCCUCACCACUGCUCUGACUGUGGGCGAACUUUCUCUACAGCGCGGUAUUUAACUAAACACAAGCGGCUACAUUCAGGGAUUAAGCCUUUCUGUUGCCAUCAGUGUGACAAGAGGUUCAUCAGAUCAGACCAGUUAAAAGUUCAUAUGAUGGCACAUACUGGGGAGCGGCCUUACCAAUGUGGUCAAUGUGAGAAAAGUUUUAAAAUGAAGUCAAAUCUUAAAGACCACCUGUUAUUACACGAGGUAGAGAUGUCUCACCACAGCCCUGACUGUGAUCAAAGUUUCUCCAUUGUAGAAACUUUAAAGGAACACUUGCGGUUACACACGGGAGAGAAACCUUUCCACUGUCUGCAAUGUGACAAGAGGUACAAUAGGUCAGAUGAGUUAAAAGAUCAUAUGAUGACUCAUACUGAGGAGCAGCCUGAUAGUUCUGCUAAUAGGUCACCAAGUUCCAGACACGUAGAACAAGAAUGUCAGGAAAUAUCACAUGCGGUCGAAAAAAGUUCAGAUCUUAUUCAACACCUGCAAGUAAAUUCUGGAGAGAAGCCUUUCCACUGUCUGCAUUGCGAGAAUAGGUACAGUACUUCAGAGGAGUUGAAAGAACAUAUGAAGACUCAUGCUGAGGAGCAGCCUGAUUCUGAGAAUAGAUCAAGUUCCAGAAAUGUAGAAAAACAAUGUCAAGAGAUGGCCCAUACUGUCGAAAAACCUGACCGUAGGCUUGACUGUGGAACAGAAUUUGGUCAACAAGACAACCUGACAGAACACCAGCAAACACACACUGGGGAAAACCCAACACACCCUAGGAAAAAGCCUCACCACUGCCCUGAAUGUGGGAAAAAAUACCAUAGUGCUUCACAUUUCAAAGAACACCUACGUUCACACACUGGUGAGAGACCUUACCAGUGUUCUCAGUGUGCGAAGACUUUCACAAAACAAAUACAUCUUAAGCGGCAUGUGUACUCACACACUGGAGAGAAACUUUACCAUUGUGAAAAUUGCAAUUUAUAUUUCCUAAAUGCAAUGGAAUUGAAAAGACACAAGCACACUGGAAAGAAUCCUCACCAAUGCUCUGUCUGUAGUGUUCGUUUCCCUUUAUUAGAAGAUCUAAAAGCACAUGAAAGGAUUCACACAGAAGAGAAUCCUCACCACUGCUCUGACUGCGGGCGAAAUUUUUCUACAGCAGGUUGUUUAAAGAAACACAAGCUGUUACAUUCAGGAGAGAAACCUUUCCACUGCAAACAGUGUGAUAAACGGUACACCAGAGCUGACCAGUUAAAAGAUCAUUUGAAAAUACAUUCUGAUGAGAAGCCUUACCAAUGCCCUGUUUGUGAGAAGAAAUUCCAUGAUUCUAGCAAAUUAAAAGUUCACCAGAGAGCAGUGCAUACAGCAUCUUCUUACAUUUGCUCUGACUGUGGAAAGAGCUUUACUCUGCUGGGCAACCUUAACGCCCACCAGCGAACUCACACUGGGGAAAAGCCUCACCAGUGCCCCAUCUGUGAAAAGAGAUACUCAAAACGAUCACAUCUUAAAGAACAUGUGCGUAUACACACUGGUGAGAAACCUUACCAGUGCUCUCAGUGUGAAAAGACUUUCACAACACAAACAGGUCUUAACCAUCACCUGUAUACACACACAGGAGAGAAGCCCCGUCACCACUGUCCAGACUGUAACGAAAGUUUUAAAUCUUGGAGACCCUUUAAGAGACAUAGACAACAACACACUGGAGAGAAGCCUCACCUGUGCGCUAACUGUGGUCUUACCUUCCUUAUAGAAGAAGAUCUAAAAGCACACGAAAGGACUCACACUGGAGAGAAGCCUCACCACUGUUCUGACUGCGGGAAAGGUUUCUCUUCAGAAGGGAAUUUGAAAAAACACAAGCGGUUACAUACUGGAGAGAAGCCUUUUCACUGUAAGCAUUGUGAUGAGAAGUUCACAAGAUCAGAUCGGUUGAAAGUUCAUAUGAUGUCACAUAAUGGAGAGAAACCGUACCAAUGUCCUGAAUGUGAGAAAAGCUACAAUAAUUCCACGCAAUUGAAAAAUCAUCAGAGAAUAAUACAUAGACAAGAAAAACCGUACCUUUGCUCUGACUGUGGAAAGAGCUUUGGUAAACUAGGCAACCUUACAGACCACCAGCGAAUGCACACUGGGGAAAAGCCUUAUGUCUGCCCUGAGUGUGGGAAACAGUUUAGCCACGGAAAACACUUAAAGAUACAUCAGCGGGAACAUACCGGAGAAAAACCGUAUCAAUGUCCUGACUGUGAGAAAUGUUUCACCCGGGUAGAUUAUCUAAAAACACACCAGGUUACGCAUAGGCCUCCUCACAUGCGCUCUACUGGAGAUAAACCCUAUCGCUGCUCUGACUGUGGGAAGCGUUUCAGGCAGAUUUCUGGCCUUCGAGUACAUCAGCAAACCCACACUGGAGAGUCUCCUUAUGACUGUACUGGAUAUGAAAAGAGUUUUGUAAACCUGUAAAAUCUAAAGAUACACAAGUGCAUACUGGUGAGAAGCCAUACCACUGCUUUGACUAUGUGAUUAAUGCAAUUGGGAACCUUUGAGACACCAGGUCACAAAACACAAUCAUUGUCCUAUCUGAAUAGCCUCGUAUGAUGGCCUGAACAUGGAUAAGGAGUGGUAAUUAUUACUAUACUACCAUAUUUAGACUUUUGCUUUGCUACCAUGCUUAGAUCACAUUUGUAGUUGGCAUGUGAAUAUACUGUUUAGUUAAAAUAGGAUGAUGUGCAAUCACAAUCGAUAAGCUACCAGUCUCUUACUCAAUUGUAACUUGUUUUGUCUUGAAGUGGUUUAAAUGUCUGUUUGGUCAAUUAUUCCGAUGUCAGAUAAUAAAGAUAAUUUUCCUUGUAUUAUAGGGACAGAUCUA